AUGGCCGCCAGCCUUUCCGCCCGACCCUUCUCGACGACGUGCUUCCGCAAGUACGCCACCCCCGAGCCCGCUGGCACGCGCCUGAUCCCCGUCGACGAGAACUUCGCCAACCCCGACGACCCCUACGGCAUGACGCGCGGCGCUCCCGACGCCGUCAAGAAGUCGCGCGAGAACUCGGUCGAGGACCGCAAGGUCCGGCACUACACCGUCAACUUCGGCCCCCAGCAUCCCGCUGCCCACGGCGUGUUGCGCCUCAUUCUUGAGCUCAACGGCGAGGAGAUUAUUCGUGCCGAUCCCCAUGUCGGCCUCCUCCACCGAGGCACCGAGAAGUUGAUCGAGUACAAGACCUACCUCCAGGCUCUGCCCUACUUUGACCGACUCGACUACGUCUCCAUGAUGACCAACGAGCAGUGCUUCUCCCUUGCCGUCGAGAAGCUGCUCAACAUCGAGAUUCCCGACCGCGCCAAGUACAUCCGCACCCUGUUUGGAGAGAUCACCCGCGUCCUGAACCACCUCAUGUCCGUCCUGUCCCACGCCAUGGACGUCGGUGCCCUGACCCCCUUCCUGUGGGGUUUCGAGGAGCGAGAGAAGCUCAUGGAGUUCUACGAGCGCGUCUCCGGUGCCCGUCUCCACGCCGCUUACGUCCGUCCCGGCGGUGUCCACCAGGACAUUCCCGUCGGCCUCCUCGACGACAUCUACCAGUGGGCUACGCAGUUUGGCGACCGUAUCGACGAGACGGAGGAGAUGCUCACGGACAACCGUGUCUGGGUUGAGCGUCUUCGGGGUGUCGGUGUCGUCUCCGCCGCUGAGGCUCUGAACCUGUCCUUCACCGGCGUCAUGCUCCGCGGCUCCGGCGUCCCUUGGGAUAUUCGUAAGAGUCAGCCGUACGACGCCUACGACAAGGUCGAGUUUGACGUCCCGGUCGGCAAGAACGGUGACUGCUACGACCGAUACCUCUGCCGCAUGGAGGAGUUCCGACAGUCCCUGCGCAUCAUCCACCAGUGCCUCAACGACAUGCCCGCUGGCCCCGUGCGCGUCGAGGACUACAAGAUCUCCCCUCCUCCCCGCUCCGCCAUGAAGGAGAACAUGGAGGCCCUCAUCCACCACUUCCUGCUGUACACCAAGGGUUACGCCGUGCCCCCUGGUGAGACUUACUCCGUCAUCGAGGCCCCCAAGGGCGAGAUGGGUGUCUACGUCGUCUCGGACGGCAGUGAGCGUCCGUACAGGUGUCAUAUCCGUGCUCCCGGCUUUGCCCACUUGGGUGGCUUCGACCACGUUUCCAAGGGCCAUCUGCUGGCCGACGCUGUUGCUGUUAUCGGAACGAUGGACCUGGUGUUUGGUGAGGUUGAUCGGUAG